AUGUAGUCUGUAGCUCCUUUGUAAACCAAUUAAAAAAAAGUUUUUUUAAUAAAAAGCCACGUCUCUGGUGUGUUGACAGGGUGGGAAUGGGGAGAAAUAUGGUUAUAAUUUCAUAUACUGAACCCAACAGAGGUUUCCAGGUACACCAUUGUGCUGUCAUACAUGUUAAUACAAUUGCCCUACACUUAACUCCCAGGCAAACAAUUUCAUGACCAUAUCAAUGUACCAUGAGUACAUAGAAAUGUGGAGGACUAAGAGAAACGGGGCAGGCCCAACCUCUUUUUUUUGUUGUUGUGUAUAAGCUUUUUAUUUUGGAAUACGUUUAAAUUUAAAGGAAAGUUGCAAAGAUAGUGCAGAGAGAUUCCAUGUACCCCUUACCCAAUUUUUUUCUAUUGUAAAUAUACUAUUCUGUGUUGUCAAAUCUCAGAAACUGACACUGGUACAUUCUGUUACCUAACCCCUAGGCUCUAUGGGUUUCACAUCUUCUCAUUGAUGUUCUCCUGUUCCAGAAUCCAUUCUGGGAUGCUACAUUGCCUUUAGCUGAUACUCUUCCCAAGUCUCCUCUGGUCUGUGACAAUUUCUUAGUCUUUUCUUAUUUUUCAUGACCUUGACAGUCUGGGAGUAUUGGCCAAGUGUCUUGUAGAAUAUCCCCCAAUCUGAAUUUUUCUGAUGUUUUGUCAUUAUUAGAUUGAGCUUAUAGGUUUUUGGAAGAAACACCACACAGGUGAAAUGAUGUGAAAUGUCCUCAUCACAUCCUAUCAAGGGUCAUAGCCACGUGACCCUACUGAUGAUAGUCUUCAUCACUUGGUUAAGGUAAUGUUUGUCAGAUUUCUCCACUGUUUUUCUUUCCCUGUUCUUUGGAAGCAAGUCAGUAAAUCUAGCCGACCCUUAAUGGAGUUGGUAGGAAUUAAUUUCCCUUCCUAGUGGAAAUAGUAUCUAUGUAGAGUAUUUGGGAUUCUGUGAGAAAACGGUCUUUUCUCCCCUCACUAUUAAUUUAUAUUGGUAUGUACUCAAUGUAUAUUUAUUUUAGACCUGGUCUAUAAUUCGGUACUAUAUUAUUUUCAUUGCUCAAAUUGUCCCAGCUUUGACCAUUGGGAGCUCUUUCAGGUUGGCUCCUGUGUCUCUUUGAUACAUCUACAUCCUUUUACUUUUUUGAGCACUUUUUAAAGAACUUUCUGAAGUACAAGAUGCUUCAUGUUUAUCUUGUAUUUUCCCUGUCCUAGCCUUAGGAUCAGCCAUUUCUCCAAGGACCCUUAGUUCUUUAUUGGAGAAUGGUAUUUAGAAACUAAGAUGUAGUCCCAACGUAUUUUACAUCAAUUAAUACCAGUCUGUGUCUAAUAUGAUCGAAUCUAGAUUAUGGCCCCAUCUGAAACUGAAAUGGAAGUUAUUCUGACAGUCUUUCCACUUUCCAACAGCCUAUGGCUUCACUUCCCUUCCUACCUAUCCAAGAAUCCUUGGUCACUUGUUUAUACUGUGGCUACCAGCAUUCUCAGUCAAUUGUGUUCAUUCGACUACCUUUGCUUUGUCAGUCACUCAGCCAUGGCUAAACUCAGCCAUUGGAUUUCCUUAUGUAGCCACUAGCAAUACAACAUUUUAACAUUUGACUUUAAUGAUGCGGGGGAGGAUUUUUUGGUUUUGGGCUCUUGUUUUGGUUUUGUAGCUCUAAACGGGCCUUUAAUAUUUGUGUCAUCUAUGCAUUCAGUAAACAUGUAUUGGGCCCUUACUGUGUCCUGGGUACUAUCCUAGUUUGAGGAUAAAAAAUGACAGGUCCUGCCAUCAAGUACUUCAUAGUCGGGUGAAAGAGAGACACCAUUAAUUGCAGGUUUCCCAAUCCUGACCCCAUUUUUUUAGCAGAUGAUUUACUUCCUAUUACACGGAGAUGAUGAAUUUCUUUACUUCCCUUUCCCUCCAUUUAUAUAGUCACUGAUACUAGUUUACCUCCUUAUCUUUUCUUGGGAGUGAGUUUGCCUUUGCAAGGCCAGCACUGCCAUUUGUGCACUCAACCUCACUUGUUUUGAUGAUAUUUUCCCCUUUCAUCUUCAGUCUCUCCUGGGUUCCCUUUUGUCACCCUGUAAGCAUGUUAUCUGUCCCUCUGUCCUUCUGCUUCCGCUUGUAAACUUCAGAUCUAGUCUCUUUUGAUUGCCACAGUUAGUGCAAGUAGUUUACACUUAGUUCUUCUCUUUUAUUCACCCCUCAGGCCACUUUGUUCAGCACCUAUCAGCGAUCUGGUUGCCAGCUCCAGUGGUCUUUCAGUCCUUUGCCUCUUAGACCUUACUAAGAAGCAACCAUGUGCAUCUCAGAGCUCUGGUCCCUUGGAGUGUGAGGCUAAUAACUCCUCGUUCUCCUUCAGCCUUUCUGACUCUCUGUCUCCUUCAUAGCUACUUCUGUCCCUUAAGUGUUGGGGUCCCUGUCGUGUGUCCUUUCCCUUACUCUGCCUUUCACCCCCUUAAACAAGUUGUAUCCACUCUUCAGCUAUCCCAAAUUUUAAGCCCAACCUUUUCUCUCAACCUGGCAGACUGCUUACAGGACAUUUUCAUCUGGAUGUCCCACAGAUAACUCAAAAUGAACAUGUAAGACGGGGAAAUAAUCCUUUAUAUUCCCCAUCCCACUUAACAGUGUUACUACCCCUUGAUCAUUUAUACUUGAAACCUCAGAAUCAUCUUCCAAUUCUCUUUCAAAUACCAACAUUCAUUUGAUUACCAAUCCUGUCAAUAUUAUCAAUACAGUGUAUCUCAACUUUUUCUCUUUUUAUUUCCACUGUUCUAGUACUCAUCUUGGCUAGUGCUCAGGUCUCAUAACUGAUCUCCCUGCUUCUAGUCUCCCCGAACCAAUCAUCCAUCUUCCGCACUGCCACCAAAUCCCUCCCUAAAAUUUUUUGCUUUUAGGAGAAGUCUAGUCUCCUUGAUAGAAACUUGAAAACCUUUCCAAUCUAGGGUGCUUUUCUUCUUCAUAUCUCAUACCCCUUUCUCCUGCUUACUCUCCCUGCCCCCAACACACACCCUCUAGGUACUUUUCUUCCCUUGUCUGCCCUGGACAGAAUUAGCCUAUUUGAUCUUUCUCCUUAUAUAACUCCUUGCCCAUACCCCUAGUCUGACACGUAAUUUUCUGGUUGCUUGUUGAUGUAUCUUCUUGCCUUUCUAGACUCUGAGAUCCUGGAGGGCAGGAAUCACACAUCUCUUUGUAGACCCAGCACCUAGUGAAAUUCCUUUUUAAGACUGAGACCUAAGGGCGCCUGGCUGGUUCAGUUGGAAGAGCACGAGACUCUUGAUGUCAGGGUCGUGAGUUUGAGCCCCACCUUGGAUGUAGGGAUUACUUCAAUUAAAAAAACAACACAACAGAAUAGAUAUUUCUGAGUUAAAUGAAUAAACAACUCACUUUAAUCCUGUAGACAUGGGGGUCACAGGUAACUUACUGGGCCACUGCAGACUUGAAUCGGGAUCCUGAUGAAGAUCUUUGUGUAUGUGGAAUCCAGGGAGACUUUAUUUCUACACUGAGGUUCUUUCUCAGGACCUUCCUAAUCCCUCAGCUCUCAGAUUCUUACCCCUUCUAUCACCACCUCACCUCAUAAACCUGGAUGGAAUGUUUCUGUCUUUGAAAAGGAGUAGGUUAUCCAAGGCUUUGGGUGAGGAGACUGCCUUCCUGCCUGAUCCUUGCCUUGUUCCCCUCUGGAGGAGGUAGUCUCCUGAGACACUCCAGACACAAGAAGUUAUUUGAUCUUCAACUCCUGCCUGCCCACCUCCCCACUCCCACCCCCAGACUUAUCUGAUCUGGGAGCUGGUGAAGGAAGAUCGCUGUAACUAAGUACAACAUUCCAUCUCACUGGCAGGGCCCUGCAGACUCCCAGAAGGUCGGAGGGAGGGAUGGGCAGCUGUCUAUCUGCCUCUGGCCCUUGUCAUUCCUCCAGUUGCUCUUUCACAACUACUGGAACUUUUACUCUUUCCUUCCUUCAUGCAGGGUCCCCAGGAGAAAGGCUCCAGAAUCAAAGAGUUGGGGCACCUGGGUGGCUCAGUCGGGUAAGGCGUCCGACUUCAGCUCAGGUCAUGAUCUCACGGUUUGUGAGUUUGAGCCCCACAUCAGGCUCUCUGCUGUCAGUGCAGGGCCCGCUUUGGAUCCUCUGCCUCCCUCUCUCUCUGCUACUCCCCUGCUUGUUCUCAUUCUCUUUCUCUCUCUCUCUCUCUCUCUCUCUCUCUCUCUCUGUCACUCUCAAAAAUAAAACAUUAAUAAAUAUAUUAAAAAAAAAAAAAAAAGAAAGAGUUACAGCCUCAUUCCUGGUCUAAGCCAGACCAUUGCCAGAAAGGGUUUCUAGGCAGCCACCAGGGGGACAGAGGCUAGGAAAACAGGGAACUGGUCCCCUCUGACUCUAAUUCUCAUGGGAGCCAACUGCUCACAGAUGUGGAAAUGAUUUCCUAUUACUGUAAUGUCUUACUCUGGGGAAGAGUCUGGUGGAGCUGGACUCCUGUCUCCUAUUGCACCACAAACCAUAGACUUCUUCCAUCUCCAUGCUGACUUUCCCACUGUAUACCCUGUGCUCUCCCUUCACGUUUUACAGUCUCUGCAGUUUAGUAGAUACAGGUGAUACUAGUCCUCAUAGGAGGCUGGCCCUUUUUGCCCCCAGGAAGCAUCCUGAGUUUCUCCUAUGUCUGCUGACCUCUGGUGGCGAUAGUUUGAACUGGACCCUCCUUGUCUAGUUAGUGCCUGCUGGCAGGUAAUGAAUGGUGUACAUUUUCUCAGCCAUCCAAAUUCAAAUAUUCAAACACUGUAUCAAAUGGAAAUAUUUUUUACUGCUGAAUUUUUUGUUUUCAGGCCUCAUGACAUAAUGUAAAGAACAGAGCCUGGGCUUUGAAAUCAGACUUACCUAGGUUCAGAUCCUAGCUCUGUUUCCUAGCAGAGUGACCUUGGUCAAGUUACCUAAGCUUACCUUUCUUACCUGUAAAGUGAAAAUAAUAAUAAAUAGCUCAAUGGGAAAAUGAGAUGAUUGUAAAAUGCAUAGCCCUAGCUGUGCCAUAGCACAUAGGUGCUCAAUAAAAGUUUGUUACCUUCUCAAUAAUAGUGAUUUUGUUCAGUGUAUGACUCCAUAUGAUUUUAAAAUUUUUGGUAACAUAAAAUUUACCAUUAUUCCCAUUUUUCAAUGUGACUUUUUUAAACUCUGAGAAGUUUUAUAUAACUGCUUUCUGAUUCUUGAGUUUGGAAACUGAGGUCAACUUUAGUAUGGUCUGUGAAGCCUGCCUCUGCCCAAAGAGCUACAGAUCCGAGCCCUGAAAAUAAGGGUUAGAGAGAUCUUGGGCACAGCCAAAUGGUUCAGUUGACCUCACUCUGGUUUCCAGCCUAAGAAGGACUGACAGGAUCCAGCACUUUCUUCCAGGGUCAGCAAAGGGCAGAGGUCUGAAGUCAGGCAUCACAGGGUUCUCAGCUGGGCCUCCAAGACCCCCUCCUCCCACUUUGCAGAGAAAAGAGGAGGUGGCUGCAGAGAAGAGGAUAUGUGAUUGCUUCUCUGCUCCUCCCUCUCCCUGCUUUUCCCUACACCCAUCCUCUCCCCCACAGCAGCCAUCUCCCCCACAGCAACUGGAAAGAGGGAGGGGGGCGGAGUUGGGGACUGAGGGAUCAGAAGACCCACAGCGUCCUGUAUCUGAACGAAGCUCUUGCCGGGGGCAGCUGUGCUGGUUCAUGCUCCCCUCUCCAUGCUGCUUGCCUCCUCCAGCAUGAUGCUGGGGACUCUGGGCCUUUGGGUACUCCUCCCCAUAGCUGUGCAAGGUAAGUGUCUACAGGGUGGGGCAGGGCCUUUCCAAUCGCCCAUUGAGGGAAAGCGGGACUUGAAGCAGCAGCCAUCCCUUUGGAAGAAUCAGUGGGGUGGGUGAGUGAGGGCAAAAGGUACGUGUCCCCAUGGUGGGGUCAGGUUCCAGGCCUCUGCUGACCCUGUUUCCUCCUGUGGCUUUACCAUGCUGGCCCUGGGAUAUGAAACAUGUUCUGUCCCUCCUUUUGGCUGCUGCUUUUGCCCCUGCGUUCACUCCCAUCUUGAACCCUCCCCUCUCCCCACCCUGGGCCACAGCACCCCCAAGCAGGAGGACCUGUGUGUUCUUUGAGGCCCCUGGAGUGCGGGGAAGCACAAAGACACUGGGGAAGCUGCUAGAUGCAGGACCAGGGCCCCCCAGGGUUAUCCGCUGCCUCUACAGCCGCUGCUGUUUUGGGAUCUGGAAUCUGACCCAACACCAGGCACAGGUGGAGAUGCAAGGAUGCCGAGACAGUGAUGAGCCAGACUGUGAGGCCCCCCACUGUGAGCUGAGCCCCCGAGCCCACCCUGGCCCCAGGUCCACUCUCUUCACCUGCUCCUGUGGCACUGACUUCUGCAAUGCCAAUUAUAGCCAUCUGCCUCCUCCAGGGAGCCCUGGGACUCCUGGCUCCCAAGGUCCCCAAGCUGUCCCAGGCGAGUCCAUCUGGAUGGUGCUGGUGCUGCUGGGGCUAUUCCUCCUCCUGCUGCUGCUGGGCAGCAUCAUCUUGGCCCUGCUACAGCGAAAGGCCUGCAGAGUCCAAGGUGGCCCAGAGCCAGAGCCAGAGCCAGGCUCAGGCAGGGACUGGAGUGCUGAGCUGCCCGAGCUGCCCGAGCUGUGUUUCUCCCAGGUAAUCUGGGAAGGAGGUCACACAGUGGUGUGGGCUGGGCAGCUGCAAGGCAAGCUGGUAGCCAUCAAGGCCUUCUCCCUGAGGGCCGUGGCCCAGUUCCAAGCUGAGAGAGCACUAUACGAACUGCCAAGCCUACAGCACGACCACAUUGUCCGCUUUAUCACCGCCAGCAGAGGGGGCCCUGGGCCCUUGCCCUGUGGGCCCCUGCUGGUACUGGAGCUGCACCCAAAGGGAUCCCUGUGCCACUACUUGACCCAGCACACCAGUGACUGGGGAAGUUCCAUGCGGAUGGCGCUGUCCCUGGCGCGGGGCCUGGCAUUUCUCCAUGAGGAGCGCUGGCAGGAUGGCCAAUACAAACCAGGUAUCGCCCACCGAGAUCUGAGCAGCCAGAAUGUGCUCAUUCGGGAGGAUGGGUCGUGUGCCAUUGGAGACCUGGGCCUUGCCUUGGUGCUCCCUGGCCUCACCCAGCCUCCCACCUGGGCCCCAACUCAACCCCGAGGCCCAGCUGCCAUCAUGGAGGCUGGCACCCAGAGGUACAUGGCACCAGAGCUCUUGGACAAGACUCUGGACCUACAAGACUGGGGCACGGCCCUCCGGCAAGCCGAUGUUUACUCUCUGGCUCUGCUCCUAUGGGAGAUCUUGAGCCGCUGCCCAGAUUUGUGGCCUGACAGCAGACCACCACCCUUCCAACUGGCCUAUGAGGCAGAACUGGGCAGCACCCCUACCACCUGUGAGCUGUGGACCUUGGCUGUGGAGGAGAGAAGGCGCCCCUACAUCCCAUCCACCUGGCACUGCUUCACCACAGACCCUGGUGGCCUGAGAGAGCUGCUAGAGGACUGUUGGGACGCAGACCCAGAAGCACGGCUGACAGCUGAGUGUGUACAGCAGCGCCUGGCUGCCCUGGCCCGUCCUCAGGAGGCCCGCUCCUUCCCAGAGAGCUGUACCCACGACUGCCCACCUCUCUGCCCAGAAGACUGCCUCUCACCUCCCCCCACUGCCAUUCUCCCUUGUAGGCCUCCACUGAAUGUCUGCUGCUUCAGCAUUCAGCAAGGCCCUGGUGCCAGGAGUCCUCCUGUACCAUCUCUCACCUGUAAAUAUGCAGUUUAUGUAUAACCUAUGUACAUGCAAACAUAAAUACGGUGAUCAGAUACCUGUCUGCUCUGCCUCACCACUGCCUUUCCUACUUGCUGAAUGCUUGGAUCCUUCUGUGGCCAUCUAGUACACUGCAGUCCCAAUGAGUGACUAGGGGUGGGUGUGCACAGGAAGGAGACGAAGUCAGCAUUAUCUCCAUGUCCUGGGGCCUUCCUUCAUGUGAUCCUGGGGCUCCUCCUGUCUGUUGUCUUUUCUUUCUCUUCCCCAAGCCUUUAUUUGGUGCGAUCGCAUGGCAGAGCACUGGGGAAAAAGGGGUGGAUGUGAUGAAACCAAAUUGCUGCUCUGAAGGUGCUCAGAGAGGCACAGCUCACUUUGUGGGGCCUGCACAGGGUCCUGGGGGUGUCCUCUCCUGAGGCUUGAGUGGGAAGACCUCACAGGGCACGGGAAGCUUGGGUUUUGAAUGAGUGGUUUUCCAGGAGUGGUGAGGGCAGUAGGUGUCGUGUCAUGUGGUGCAGUAAGAAACCACAAGGAACCUGGGAAGCAAAAGCGCAGGGUGUGUUGUGGAGAGAGAGGGGGGAAGUUAUGUGGAGAUUGUAGGCAAGGCCUUGUGAGCUCUGCUGAGAUGUUCUUCCUUCAUUUCUUGUGCGUGUGUGUGUGUGUGUGUGUGUGUGUGUGUGUGAUUUCUAGUGGCUUUUCUUUCCCACCCCAGACCCCAUUCACACAGGGUGCCCUUCAGGGACAUGUUACAAUGGGUGCCUGGUUUAUAGCACUAGUUCAUUUUUUUUAUUUUUUUUAAUGUUUAUUCAUUUCCUGAGAGAGAGAGAGAGAGAGAGAGAGAGAGAGAGAGAGAGUGCGAGCAGGGGAGGGACAGAGAGAGAGGGAGACACAGAAUCCGAAGCAGGCUCCAGGCUCUGAGCUGCCAGCACAGAGCCUGAUGCAGGGCUCAAACAUAUGAACCAUGAGAUCAUGACCUGAUCUUCUUUUUUUUUUUUUUAAACUUUAUUUAAGUAAGCUCUAUACUCAGUGUGGGGAACUCAUGACCUCAAGAUCAAGAGUUGCAUGCUCCUUCAACUAAGCCAGCCAGGAGCCCCCCCUAGUUUAGUUUCUAACUACCUGAGUGCACUUGGGCAAGUUAUUUUCUCUUUCUAGGCCUCAAGUUUCUCACUUGCCAAAUCAGGGGGUUGGAGGCCUUCUGGUCUAACUCCAGUAGACGAUUGGGACGGCUCUGACUUCACUACAACAGGAUUGAUUCUUGCUCAGUGACUGAGCCCUAUGUCUUUGAGCAAGUUACUUAACCCUAGAAUCUGUUUUAUCAUGUGUAAAGUAUGGAUAAAAAUGCCCACCCUGAUUGCAGAGUUGAUUCAGGGUAAAAAAGAAGAGGUGACAGGUCCUGUGCAGCACCUGACCUCAGUGGACACUCUAUAAAUGAGAACAGUUGUGACUGAACAUUGAGAUGAUCUCUCGUCCCUUUCUAGCUUGGGUGUUCUAGAGUUCCAGGAUUUAGCCUGUGCAGAGCCUAUCCACUUUCAAGCCCUGAGACUUCACUUUCCUUCAGAACUCUAAUUCUCUGCAAGACAUCAUCGUGUGAACAGGCAGCCACCACCUGAAACCAAACACAUCAAAAUCCAAGAUCCUGCUUCCCCCUCACCAGCUGGGCUGCCCUACCCUCUUCCCUGGCUCUCAAGAGCACCCCGUUUCUCUCUCCAUCUCUCUCUCUCUUUUUUUAGUAAUCUCUACACCCAAUGUGGGGCUCAAACUUACGAUCCUUUGAUGAAGAGUCACAUACUCUUUAAAUUUUUUUUUUUUUUUUUUUUUUUUUUUUUUUUUUUUUUUAGAGAGAACAAACAAGGGAGAGGAGCAGAAGGAGACAGAGAAUCUUAAGCAGGCUUGACUGACUUGGUUUUGGUUCAGGUUGUGAUCUCGAGAUUCAUGGAAUCAAGCCCCCUGUCAGGCUCUGUGCUGCGAGUACAGAGCCUGCUUUGGAUUAUCUCCCCCUCUCUCUACACGUCUCAUUCUCUCUCUCUCCCUCUCUCUCAAAAUAAAUAAAUAAACUUUAAAAAAUCUUAAAUGAAAACUAGAACCAAAAACAAACAAACAAACAAACAAACAAACAAAAGAAAGCCUAAAAAACUGUCACAACGAAGAGGAGCCUAAGGAGACAUGACGGCUAAAUAAAAUGUGAUAUCCUGGGUAAGAUUCCAGAAUAGGAAAAGGACACCAGGUGAGAACUAAAUAACUCUGGAUAAAGUAUGGUUUAGUUAGUAAUCAUGAAUCUGUACUGGAUCAUUACAUUAAGGUAACAAACAUACCAUAAUAAUAUAAGGUGUUAAUAAUAGGGGGCUGGGGGUGGGGGAUGUGAAAACUCUGAUUGCCUUCUCAUUCUGUAAAUCUAAAACCGCUCCCCGCAAAAGAAAGCUUAUUAAACAAAAGUAUGACCAUCUCCAAAACUCAGAGCAGCCACAAAUACAAAGAACAAUGGCAGGGUUGUCGUAAGCAUGACAAUGCACACUUGCGGUAUUUUUGAGUAGGUGUGUUGUAAUAUGUUGUAUUGAAGGGAUCACUAACAUAAAACCCAGAAAACUUAAGAUGAUAAUCUUGGCUCUCCUAGCUGUGAACUCUUAGAAACGUUUAUUUGUUUAAUUUUCUCAGCAAGGGGAGUGCAUUAUUCUCUAAGUCAUUUACAAUCCUAUGAUUCCCUACUUCUGUGAUAAAAUAUUAGAGUCCCACUUGUGAAGAUUACUUCGCCAAACCCAGUGUUUACCUCGUACGAUACUGCUGAUUAGUGACCCCAUGCUCACAGAGAUGCGUAUUAUGUCAUGGAGAUGCAAUUUUGGGGGGAAAAAUUGUAUUCCUCACACCCAGUUCCCCCUAUUAUUAACAUCUUACAUUAGUAUGGUAUAUUCGUUACCUUAAUGAUCCAAUAUAGCCUCGUGAUUACGUGAUUAUUAACUAAACUCCAUACUUUAUAAGUACACUUUUUAGAGAGUUGAAAACAUAAAUCUCUGAACAGAGAUGGGCUCAUGGGAAGGAAGCUAUGUGGCUGAAGACAGGGGCAGUGGUCGGUGAGAAGAAGACGGAUUCGUCACUAUCCAACUUUUUUUUUUUUUUUUUUACCUCUUGGAUUUUGAACUAUUUGCAUGUUCUAUUAAAAUUAAGUG